AUGUCCCAUCUCCUUAACGUGAAGCACCAGCUUACAUUCUACGGCGCGUACCAUGACCAUCCCGUCAAUGUCGCGAUCCACAUGGUUUUUGUCCCCGUCCUCCUCUGGACCGGCCUCGUCCUCGGCGCCCAAGUCCCCGUCCCGUCCUUCUUCCCCUCCAUCCACGUCGCGAUCAACGACUACCUCACUUUUGAGUUGACUUGGUCCACCCUCUGGGCUGGCGCAUGCCUCCUCUACUACUUUGCGCUCGAGCCCGUCGCGACGAUCCUGUACACGCCCCAGAUGAUCCUCACCACGCUCUCUGCCGCCGCGUACGCGCACAAGCCCGGCGGGAUGGACACCGCGCUCUACGCGCACGUCGUCUCGUGGAUCUUCCAGUUCGCCGGCCACUUCCUCGCCGAGGGCCGCUCCCCCGCGCUGCUAGACAACCUGCUCGGAGCGCUCGUCCUCGCACCCCUCUUCGUCCACCUCGAGGUCCUUUUCCGCCUCGGUUACAACAAGCCGCUCCAGAAGGAGAUUCACGCGAGUAUCACCGAGGAGAUUCGCAAAAUCAAGAGCAAGUCCUACUGA